CAGUUUUCAGCCAAUGGAGUUGCAGGGCCUAAAGGUGCAGGCUUCAUCUCGGCUGGGCCUUUUGGCAGCAUGAUUGAUGUUCUGGUUUCUCUAGCAGGCAGGAUCUUCAAGCAAAAAAGCUGCCCCGACUGGUGUUCUUCGUUACACACUUCCACUAUUCUCACGUCUUUGGGAGCAACUGAAGCGAGACCGAACAGCAUUUGUAUUUUCCAUCUGAUAAGGCAGUCGGACUGGGGGACCAGUGUUUUCUGCAAGGGGUUUGGCAGAUCAUGGAUCAUAUAGCGACCCAUCAUAUCCACCAAACCCACGCAGAACCUAUCAGCUUUGGUAUCGAUCAAAUUUUAAACAACCCGGAUCAGGGAAGUUGCAUGAUAUCUAACUCCAGACUUCAAGAUUCCGACUACGGCUUGGGAUGCAUUGUCAGCAGUGCCUACAACACGGUGACCGGCAACUACAACACAAACAACACUGGGGGAUACAAUAACAGUGCGUGUAGCAUGGCAUCGUUAACUGGGUCUUACAAUGUCAACAUGGGCAUGAACAUGAAUGGAAAUAAUUUGAACUCGGCAGGAGUAAUCCGCGUUCCUGCUCACAGACCUUUAAGUAACGCUCACCAGUCCAUUUCAACGGGCAUGCCCACCGUACCCAGUAUGGGCACUAUGAACAGUAUGAACAAUCUUACUGGACUGACAUUUCCUUGGAUGGAAAGUAACAGAAGAUACACGAAGGACAGAUUCACAGUGGCGCUCUCACCCUUCACUGUAACACGCCGUAUAGGUCACCCGUACCAGAAUCGGACGCCUCCAAAGAAGAAAAAGCCCAGGACAUCGUUCACCAGACUGCAGAUAUGUGAACUGGAGAAAAGGUUUCAUCGACAGAAGUAUUUGGCCUCUGCAGAAAGAGCCGCCCUGGCAAAGGCGCUCAAAAUGACAGACGCUCAGGUCAAAACCUGGUUCCAAAAUAGGAGAACAAAAUGGAGGAGACAAACUGCGGAAGAAAGGGAAGCCGAGAGACAGCAGGCCAAUCGUAUCUUAAUGCAACUGCAGCAAGAAGCCUUCCAAAAAACUCUUAAUCAGCCGGUGCAGCCGGACCCCAUCUGCCUUCACAACUCCUCUCUUUACGCGCUCCAGAACCUGCAGCCCUGGACAGACAACACCGGUAAAAUCACAAGCGUAACUUCGGUGGCGGCUUCCUGCGAAUGAAAAGGAGCAGAUUUUUUUUCUGGAAUAAGUUAGACUUUAAACGUACCAACAUACACUUAAGAAGAACAGCAACAAUCCUGUAUCUCUAAAAAUAUUGAAAAUUUCCGAACAAAUCUUUAAGAUUAUUAACUAAGUUCACGGAGAAGUUUAUAACUUUCAAGAGAAAUCUAUAUUUAAUGUAAAAAAUGUUUUUUGGUCGACGUUACACAAUUGUUUCCGAAGUCAAAUCAAGAUCGGAUCCUGCAGUAUUAAAAUCUUGUGAACAUACUGAAAAAGACAAAAGUGCACUCAUUUUGGCCAUUAGCAACUCUUGUCACAUGUAUAUGUUAGGGACAUGAUUGAAUGAUCCUUAUAUCUUUUUUAAAAUGAUUUUUAUUACACUUAACACACCUUUCUUACUAUGGAAAUUUCCCUAAAAAUUGACGACGGUGGAUUUAUUUUUAUGCGUUUACUGGUUUGGAAACUUUUCAGUCCACGAACGAAAUUGUGCUACAAUGUCAUGACAACACCAGACUGCUAAAGGUAUUGAUGAAACCGUCACAUUUGAUGCAACGGAUAUUCCCGAGACUCUUAUUUUUUUCCGGAAUAAUGCAAUUUAUUUAUAUCGAUCACGCUAGUUUUGUCUUUCAAGGGACAUUUUUUUUUUAUCAUUUUCCAAAAGAAACAACGUUAGGAUUGACAAACUGUCACCAGAUAUUCUCACCAGAUGCCAUUUGGCAUUACGAUUUUCACAAGGUUUCCAGAGUAUUUUAUUUUUUUAUAUUCCAUGAUCCAUUUAUUCGUGUACGAAUGUUCUGUAUUACAGUAUGUAAAGCACGUUAUUAGGUUACCCAUAUACAAUUUUAUUUCGUUUUGAUUUAUCCGUCUGUAAUUCUGUCAGAUUCAUAAUCUCCUAACGGAUUCUUUUAACUAGAAAUGCACUUAACAUUUAUGUAUAUUAAUUUCUUACAGUGCUUGUGUACAUUUGUGUAAAAAAUAAACAUUAAGUUUAUGAAA